AUGUUCAAUGGGUUUGUUGGGACUGAUGAUGCGGAGCCAACAUCAGAUGCCUCAGAGACUGUACAGAUAUCCUCGCUUGCACUGUUAAAGAUGCUUAAGCAUGGGAGAGCUGGGAUUCCCCUUGAAGUCAUGGGACUGAUGCUUGGGGAAUUUGUUGAUGAAUACACUGUGAAAGUUGUUGAUGUAUUUGCCAUGCCCCAAAGCGGUACAAAUGUCACUGUAGAGUCUGUGGAUCCUAUCUUUCAGACGGAGAUGAUGAAUAUACUGAAGGCAACUGGGAGGCAUGAGACAGUGGUAGGAUGGUACCACAGCCAUCCAGGGUUUGGGUGCUGGCUAAGCACAGUUGAUAUAAGUACCCAGCAGAGCUUUGAAAAGCUAUGUAAGAGAGCUGUUGCGGUUGUCGUUGACCCCAUCCAAAGUGUUAAGGGGAAGGUUGUAAUUGAUGCCUUCAGACUUAUUGACAACCAGUUAGGUGUCCUUGGAGGAGAGCCGAGACAAGUGACAUCAAACAUUGGGUACCUCAAGACACCCACACUCAUAUCCAUAAUUCACGGGCUCAACAAGCACUACUAUUCUUUCAACAUAACGUGCAGGAAAAAUGAUCUUGAACAGAAGAUGCUGCUGAAUCUUCAUAGAAAGACAUGGGCAGACAAUCUUAAGCUCAGAGACGUCAGGGAAAAGAGGGGAGAUGUUUUGAAACUCAUUGAAAGCUACGGAAAAGCAUGUGAAGAGGAAAAGAACCUAACAGGUAAGAAUCUCGACAUGGCUAGGGUGGGCAAGGUCGACUACAGAAGACGACUUCUUGAGAAGUGCGAAGAAAGCAUAAUGGAAAAUACCAUCCACAACCUUCUGUAUUCUAUCCAUAGGUAUAUCUUCAAUCAAUCGGACCACCAGUUAGAGAUAAAUAAAUAA